UUCGCAGCAGUACCAUUUUCGAGUAAUUAUUAAUUAGAAAAGUGCCAGAAACGAUUAAAUAACCUACGUCAAGAGAAAUUCAAACAAUCUUCUCGUACACGUCGAGAAUCAGUGUCGCGCCACAAACGGAUUGAAAUAAAAAUGUCCGCUUCAGGUCCAACAUCGUUGAUAUCGACGGCUGGUGAUGAAUCGUUCGAUUUCUUGUUCAAAAUCGUUCUAAUCGGAGACUGUGGCACCGGCAAGACAUGCAUCGUGCAGAGGUUCAAAUCCGGGAACUUUAUUGAAAGCCACGGCAACACGAUCGGCGUGGACUUCUCGAUGAAAGCCGUCUCCGUCGAUGGGAAGAAGGUUAAGCUGCAAAUAUGGGACACAGCUGGGCAGGAGCGUUUUCGUACCAUCACGCAAAGUUACUAUCGUUCGGCAAAUGGUGUAUUAAUUGUGUACGACAUCACCAAGCGAUCGUCCUUUCUAAGUUUGCAACGAUGGAUUGACGAGGUGCGAAAGUACACGGCCUCUAACGUGAUGAUAUUCGUGAUAGGAAACAAAUCCGACCUGGACUCAAUACGGGAAGUUGAGUUUUCCGAAGCCCAAAACCUGUGCCAGUACAUCCCCGAGGUCAUGUUUGUGAUGGAAACAUCGGCAAAAGACAAUCGUUGCAUCGAGGACGCAUUUAUGACGCUAGCAACUGAACUAAAGCGGCGGCACGACGGAAUAAGUGCGGCCGAAGACGAGGAAGGUAUUACGCUGGGUCAGAGUAAAACCUUAUCUACAAAUUCAUGCAACGCGCUGUGCAAUUUAACGUGAAAAAGUACAUCGCCGGUCGAAGCUACUGGUACCUGGUCAAAGCCAAAGGACCAUUGCGAACUCACACAACUGUUUAACAGCAAACACGCGAAAGAAGCAGAAACAACAAUCCCUCCUAUAAUUUGACCCAUCGGUUGAAGUACGCCACUGUCUUAAAUGCCAUUGUUCUGAGCAAUUGAGCCGCAACAGUAGUACUGUUGCCCUAGUACGUAAGGUACCUUAGACUAAAAUCCGAGGCUCGAUGGCGUUAUUUUUAAAUCUUUUCUUAUUCAUUCUCAGAGCACACGUCAUUGAAUGGCCGUGGUGCAUUUUUCCCUGUACAUAAUUGGCAUGAGAUACAUGAGUGUUAACUAAUUUGUAGCUACCCCAUAACACCUAUGGAAAGCUGUGUACAAGUACCACUUCUAUGGCAUAGAAAUAACGAUAGUUUUUCGUUUGAUUACCAGUUUCUCGAACAACCAGGCUUAGACGUUGUGAGCGCUGAGCAAAACGCGUAGAACAGAACUCGAUUACAUAUUUUAUACGAGCUAUUUAUUUAUUUGAGGAACUCCAGAUGGAACUAUUUUAGAUCGAAACAGUUGUGUAAAUAUAGCGCUAUUUUAACU